AUGGCUUUAAUAACUUUGACUGAACUUGCCGGAGAGUCUAAACUCAACGAGUCUAGCAACGAAAUUCCGGUGAUAUCUCUCUCCAAAGUCGACGAUAUUAGUGGCAAAGACUUGGCUUUAGGAACUUUGACUGAAGUUCCCGGAGAGACUAAACUCAGCGACGAAAUUCCGGUGAUAUCGCUCUCCGGAUUUGACGAUGUUGGUGGGAAAAGGGGAGAGAUCUGCCGUAAGAUCGUGGAGGCUUGCGUGAAUUGGGGCAUGUUCCAGGUUAUCGAUCAUGGCGUCGAUACCAAUAUGAUGGCGGAUAUGACUCGCCUUGCUCGUGAGUUCUUCCUUUUACCUCUGGCGGAAAAGCUCCGGUUCGACAUGUCUGGCGGUAAGGAAGGCGGUUUCAGUGUCUCUAGCCACCUCCAGGGAGAGGCGAUGAGGGACUGGAGAGAGGUAGUACUGUAUUCAUCCUAUCCGGUGAAGAAGAGAGACUACUCACGGUGGCCAGAUACACCGGAGGGAUGGGUGAAAGUGACGGAGGAGUUCAGCGAGAAGGCGAUGGGUUUGGCUUGUAAGGUUCUGGACGUUCUGUCUGAAGCUAUGGGACUUGAGAAAGAUGCAAUCACCAAACUAUGCAUUGGUAUGGAACAGAAAAUCGUUAUUAAUUAUUUCCCACAACGCCCUAAGCCUGACCUAGCCCUCGGGAUGCGUCACUCUGACCAUGGAAUCAUCACUGUCCUGCUCCAAGAUCAAGUCAGUUGUCUAAAAACUACGAGGGACAAUGGCAAGACAUGGGUUACGGUUCCGUUCGUUGAAGGAGCGUUUGUUGUCAAUCUCGGUGACAUUUGCCACUAUCUUAGCAACGGGAGGUUCAUGACUUCUGACCAUCAGGCGGUGGUGGACUCAAAUGCGAGCAGGCUAUUCAUAAACACGUUCCAGUUUCCGGCGCCGCAUGCCAUGGUUUAUCCGCUUAAAGUGGGAGACGGAGAGAAGGCUAUCAUGGAAGAGCCAUUAACUUUUGAAGAGAUUACUAAUAGAAGGAUGAAAGAGAUCAUGGGUUAG